CUUGCUGAGCUCUGUGUAUGGGCGAGGGAGAGAGGGGAGAAACACCGCAACCACUGCGCUAGAAAACACAACUCCCCCGGGCCAAGGGGACCGGCGUUGCCCGGGUGUGCGGGUCUGAGACGGACGAGCGCAGAAGAACAGACGUGGGUUAGCCGUGAGAAGCGAGAUGGCAGCGCUAACCGGGUAGCUUAUAGACUCGAGCGAUUUGUCAUCUACUCCUCGUUUCGUAAGAUGGUUGAAACUUUCCUGAUGAGGUUAUCGAUUUUCAGACGGUGACGACGGGCGUGUGUCACCCUGACCACACUUUUAAUAAACGCAGGUGAAACGUUUGCUGCGAGAAAGUUGGAAACCCGAGUGAAGGCAUCAGUUCGUAGCUUUCCUCUUCAGGUCAAAUUUUCUACUGAACAGUUCUAGCUGGAUUUGAGAGGCUCCAAUUGGGGUGGACGAUUAUAAUUUUACACUCAAACUUUUUUCGUGAGAUCUUUUUUAUCACAUUCUUAGCCAGCUAGCUAACCAGCUAAGCUUAUUAACAAGGGCAUGCAACCAUCUAUUUUGUACAUUUGGAAAACAUUCCAGUAAAUAAACAGUGAACAGGAACUCAAAAAGUGAAAUAUUGAUCUGAAUAACGAGAAAGGAUGCAUAAAUACAACCAGAGCAACCCAGGAAUGAUCCCCCGGGACGCGGAGCUUCAGCAGCGCCUUGCUGACAGCGGUGGAGUCGGGGACUCGCUGAAGGAGAACGGGGCUGGGAAGAAGGACCCCGGCGCUGACAGCCCGGCGCCCUGCACCAAGAGGAAGAUGCUGGUCGGCUUGGAUGUGCUCUGUCUGCUCGUAGCCUCCAUCCCGUUCUUCGCCUGUGAGCUGAAGAUGGUGACUCCGUACAGGAGGGGUUUCUUCUGUGGAGACCCCAGCAUUGCCUACCCCCUGCUGAAGAGCGAGUCCAUCCCUGACAGCCUUCUGAUUGGCGGAGGCCUCCUCAUCACCGGGCUGGCGAUCGCCCUGGGCGAGUGUUACCGCGUGCGGUUCUGCGGCGUCCGCUCGCGCGCCUUUGUCAGGAACCUCUACGUGUCCUGUCUCUACAAGGAGCUGGGCAGCUUCCUGUUCGGCUGCUUUGUGGGCCAAUCCCUCACAAACAUGGCCAAGCUGAGCAUCGGGAGGCUCCGCCCCCACUUCCUGUCCGUGUGCGGCGUCACCUACGCCUCGCUCAACUGCACCCCUGGCGUGUACAUCGCUGAGGUGGCCUGCAAAGGGACGAAGAGACACGCUGUGGACGAGGCCAGGAAGUCCUUCUUCUCAGGCCACGCCUCCUUUGCCAUGUAUACCAUGCUGUACCUAGCAUUCUACCUGCAGGCGCGGUUGUCAUGGCGAGGGGCGCGGUUGCUGCGGCCCCUGCUGCAGUUCCUGCUGGUUCUGCUGGCGGUGUACACCGGGCUGAGCCGCGUGUCAGACUACCGGCACCACCCCUCUGACGUGCUCGUCGGCUUCCUGCAGGGCGGGCUCACGGCCUGCUGGGUGGCCUUCUACAUUUCGUCCAUGUUCAAGAGCCCUGGCCCUGACGUCACACCCACCAGCCUGUCCCUAGAGAGCCCCCUGUCCAGCCAGCAGACCGUCUGCUAGCAGUGGUCUGAGGUGGAUGCAAGAGAGAACCAGGGAGAGGA